CCCUAAAUAGGGUUGAUGAUGAUGAGGCGGGGCGGGGGUCUCACCGUCCCCGUCGGCCGGUGCCCAGGGCGGAGCCUGCAGCAGCAGCAGCAGCCAUGGAGGAGGAGGAGGAGGAGGAGCGGACCCCGCAGCCCCCCGACCACGGCCGCCGGGAGACGCCCCACGGGACCCCCGACGACGACGCCCCCCCCAGCCCGUCGCCCUCGGUCGCCGUGCUGAAGGCCGUCCGCCAGCUGGGAGGAGGCGCCCACCCCGCCGACAGGCCGGACGACGGCACCCGCAACAAAGAUGCCCCCCGGCCCCGGGGUCCCCGCCGAAGACGCUGCCGCAGCCCCCGGACCGAGCCCGCCCCGGGCGGAGAGGGCCAGGCCGACCCCACCGCGGUCAUCGGCUUGGCCGCCGGCGGCCUCCUAGCCGGACUGGUGGGCGUCCUGGAGUGCCCCGAGGCCUGGGUCCCGGCCCGGCUGGAAGCCCUCACCCUGGACGGGGACGAGGCCGGGGAGGAGCUGGAGCUGGUGGCUGAGGUGCGCAUGGGGGACGGAGGAGGGCUGCUGUCGGCCGCCCGCCUGCUGCCCCGGGCCCGCCCGUGGAGGUCCAGGAAGACAGGCUUCCCGUCCACCCCCUGCCACCGCCACCGGACGCUGCCGCCGCACCCCCUGGUGAUGCUGGGCACCGGGGAGCAGGGGGUGGCCGGAGGGGGCUGCCCCCCGGAAAGCCAGCGCCCGGCCCCGCCCUUGGAAAAGGCCGACUCCUCCUCUUCUUCCUCCUCCUCCUCCUCCUCCUCCUCCUCUUCUUCCGCCUCCUCGGCCUCCUCUUCGGCCUCCCCGUCCCAGCGGCCGCCCCCGCCCCCCCACGCCCAGGACAUCUACGACCCUUUCCACCCCACGGACGAGGCCUACUCGCCGGGGAAGGAGCCGCCCACCCAGAAGUACGACCCGUUCGAGCCCACCGGCUCCAACCCCAGCUCCUCCGCCGGCAGCCCCUCCCCGGGUGAAGACGAGGAGGAGGAGGAGGAGGAGGAGGAAGAGGAAGAAGAAGAGGAGGAGGACGAGGAGGAAGAGGAGGAGGAGGAGGAGGAAGAAGAGGAGGAGGAAGGGGAGCGGUUAGCGCACAGCAUCAGCCGCAUCUCGGAGACCCUCGCCGGCAUCUACGACGACAACAGCCUGAGCCAGGACUUCCCGGGGGCCGAGAGCCCCGGCCGGGCCGCCGCCGCCGCCGCCGCCGAUGACCCCCCGGAGCCCGCACCCCCCGGCCCCGAGCCCCGAGCCGACUCCACCCGGGCGGACGCCCCGCCUCGGCGCCGGGUCUUCGUGGUCGGGGCGGAGGCCGAGGUGGCGGCGGAGGGCAAGGUGGCGCUGGAGGUGGUGGCGGCGGGGGUGCCUUACCCGGUCCGUCCGGCCCGGGACGACUCGGAGAUCGAGGAGGGGGAGAUCGUGCAGCCCGAGGACGAGCGCCACAGCCCCGUCCGCCUCUUCCGGGCCGGGGCGGCCCGCCCCCGGCCCCCCGCCUCCGGGCCCCCGCCCCCGCCGCCGCCGCCGCCCCCGCCUCGGGGGCCCGAGGGGGACGACUUCCUGUCGCUCCACGCCGAGUCGGACGGCGAGGGGGCCCUGCAGGUGGACCUGGGCGACGGGCAGGAGUCCCGUUGGGGCGGCCUGGACCUGCGCCGUAAGAUCCUGACCCAGCGGCGGGAGCGCUACCGCCAGCGCUCGGCCUCGCCCGCCCCUGCCGCCGCCGCCGCCGCCGCGAAGACCAAGCGGGAGCACAAGCGGAGCGGCCGCGGCAGCCGGAGCCGGGACCCGAAACCGGCCAGGGAGGCGGGGGCCGCGCCCGGCCCUCCGCCGCCGCCGCCGCCGGCGGCACCGUCCUCGCAGACCGCCUGGGACCCCAAGGCCCGCCGCUCCCGCGAACGGCGACCCGCCGCCGGCUCCCGCGCCUCCCGCCAUCGCUCGCGCUCCCCUCGCUCCCCGCGCCUCCGCUCCUGGUCCCCGGCCCCCAGCCCGCGGCGGCGGCGGCGGCGGAGCCGGCGCUCGUCCUCCUCGCGGCGGGAGCGGCGGCGGGCCCGCCACCACGGCGACAAGAAGAAGAAGAAGCGGUCGCGCUCACGGGGGGAGAAGCGGCCGGGGAGCGGCCGCCGGGACCCCGGGCCGGACAAGGCGGCCCGCGGCGAGCGGGAGAAGCGGCGAGGGGACGGGCGGGGCGUGGUGCCCCCGUCCAUCCAGGACCUCACGGACCACGACCUCUUCUCCAUCAAGCGCACCAUCACCGUGGGGCGCGCCGAGAAGCCGGGCCCCCCCCGGGGCCCCCCGCCCGCCGGCGCCGCCCCCGCCGGGGCCAAACGCGAGGUGCUCUACGACUCGGAGGGGCUGAGCUACUCGGACCGGGAGGACCCGGCGGGCAAGGGGAAGGGCGGGGACAAGGAGCGGCGGAGGGGUCACCCGCCCGCCGCGCCCGCCCGGGACAAGGCGGCCAAGAAGGCGGAGGCCGGGGGCAAGGGGCGGGCCGAGCGGGAGAAGGGCGCCAAGAAGGGCAAGGCCGGGGCCGGGGCCGGGGCCGGGCCGGGGCGCCGAGACGGGGCGGGCAAGGCGGGGGCCGGCGGCGGCACCGGCGGCACCGGCGGGGGCCGGAAGGUGAAGCUGCAGUCCAAGGUGGCCGUGCUGGUCCGCGAGGGCGUCAGCAGCACCACGUCCGGCAAGGAGCCGCCCGGCUCCAUCGGGGUCAAGUUCAGCCGCGACCGCGAGAGCCGCUCGCCCUUCCUCAAGCCCGAGGAGAAGCCGGAGCCGCCCCGGCCGGAGGCCGCCAAGCCCGCCGGCCCCGCCAAGGCCAAGAAGGUCAAGGCCAAGGCCAAGGCCGGCCUCAAGAAGGCCAAGGCCGCCAAGGGCAAGGCCCCCGCGGAGGCCAAGCGCAAGAAGAAGGCCAAGCCCAAGGGCGCCACGCUGAAGAAGUCCAAGGCCGACAGCUGCAGCCAGGGGGGCCCCCAGGGGCCCGGCGCGGGCGAGGAGCCCUCCUGGUCCGGCUCCGAGCGGUCGGCCAAGCCGCCCAGCCCGCCCCAGGCCAAGCCGGCCGCCCCGCCCGCCCCCGCCCUCACCCCGGACUCCCAGACCGUCGACAGCAGCUGCAAGACGCCCGACGUGUCCUUCCUGCCCGAGGAGCCCCCGGCCGAGCCCCCCAGCACCACCAGCGCCGCGCCCGGCGCCGGCGGGGGCGGGCCCCCGGACCCCGGGGCCGAGGAGGGCGGGGGAGCCGCGCGGGCCCCCCUCCUCUCGCCGCCCGCGCCCCAGUUGCCCUGGAACCUGCAGGCCGGCGUGGACUGCACCGCCAGCGGCGUGCUGGCCUUGACCGCGCUGCUCUUCAAGAUGGAGGAGGCCAACCUGGCCAGCAGAGCCAAAGCCCAGGAACUGACCCAGACCGCGAACCCGGGGCGCGGCGGGGGGCCGGAGCGCCCCGCCGCCGGAGGUUGGUGGGCCGCCCGCUCCUCGGCCUUUCCCCGGCCUCCCCUCCCCCAGAGUCUGAGCCACGCGAAGCCGUCCGCAUCCCAGGCUACGCCUCCCCCCUCGUCGGCCGGGCCCCCGCACCCGGCUCCUCCCGGCUACUUGCACCACGGGGGGCUGCCCCUGGGAGGGGCCACCCCCCCCACCCCUCCCGGCCUGGCCGGGCCCCCCGGACCUCUUUUCGGCCCCGAGACCGGCAAGCGCGAGGGCAGCAGCAGCUCCGACGGGCACAUGGACACCGAUAAGUACCUAAAGAAGCUGCACACCCAGGAACGGGCGGUGGAGGAGGUGAAGCUGGCCAUCAAGCCCUAUUACCAGAAGAAAGACAUCACCAAGGACGAGUACAAGGACAUUCUGCGGAAAGCCGUGCACAAGAUCUGCCACAGCAAGAGCGGGGAGAUCAACCCGGUCAAAGUGGGCAACAUGGUCCGAGCCUACGUCCAGCGCUACCGCUACUUCCGCAAGCACGGCCGCAAGCUGGGCGGGGAACCCGGGGCGCGGGCCCCUCCCCCGGUCCCGCCUGACCAGGGCCCCCCCGCCCUCCCCAUCCCCCCCUUGUGA